AUGUAUCGCCCUUUGAACACCAUUGCUGCGGCUCUGACUGCAAUUGGUCUGGCCGGAGCGCAGAACAGCAGCUGGAAUCAUGAGCUUUACACCUCUAGCCCUCCAGUCUAUCCUAGCCCGGAAACAGCUGGCAUCGGAUGGGAGACUGCUUUGGCUCAAGCAGAGGCCUUCUUGACCGAUCUGACUCUGGAAGAGAAGGCUGGAUUGGUCACGGGUUCUGCCGGUCCUUGUGUGGGCAAUAUCGCCCCAAUUGAGCGUCUAGGCUUCGACGGCCUUUGCUUGCAGGAUGGACCUCUCGCAAUCAGACAGGCUACCUAUGCUUCAGUCUUCCCUGCUGGCUUAACAGCUGCAGCCUCUUGGGACAAGGGCUUGAUCUACACACGCGGAUUAUAUAUGGCUCAAGAGUUCAAAGGUAAGGGAGCUAAUAUAGCUCUCGGUCCUGUUGUCGGACCGUUAGGUCGCCAUGGCCGUGGUGGACGUAAUUGGGAAGGUUUCUCUCCCGAUCCAUAUCUGAGUGGUGUUGCUGUCGAGCAGACAAUCUGGGGCAUGCAGUCGACCGGAGUCCAGGCUUGUGUCAAGCACUACAUCGGCAACGAACAAGAGACUCAGCGCAACCCAUCCACUCGCAAUGGAACAACUAUCGAAGCUGUUUCAUCCAACAUCGAUGAUCGCACCAUGCACGAACUAUACGCCUGGCCAUUCGCCAAUGCUAUCCGAAGCGGUGUCGCAUCUGUAAUGUGUUCAUACAACAGAGUCAACGGUUCGUACGGCUGUGCUAAUUCCAAAACAUUGAACGGUAUCCUCAAAGAAGAGUUCGGUUUCCAAGGCUAUGUCAUGAGUGAUUGGGGUGCUACUCAUAGUGGUGUUGCAUCGAUAAACGCCGGCCUCGACAUGGAUAUGCCAGGCACUAUUGGCUUCCGUGCAGGGGGUAACAGCUUCUUUGGCGGUAACAUCACGACGGCCGUCAAUAACGGAUCACUCUCCGAAGGCCGCCUCGACGACAUGAUCAAGCGUAUCAUGACACCGUACUUCCAUCUCAAGCAAGACACCGACUUUCCUUCCAUCGAUCCAAGCGAGAUCCCUCUCAACAGCUUCUUUGGUGCUGCCGCUUCCACUGUUGCAUUCCCCCUGGGCUCAGUCGCGAAUGUUGAUGUCCGUGAGAACCAUGCCACUCUGAUCAGGGAACUUGGCUCAGCUGGUACUGUUCUGUUGAAGAACGUCAAUGGUGCUUUGCCAUUGAAGGCUCCAAAGAACAUUGCAGUAUUAGGUAAUGAUGCUGGAGACAUUCUGAACGGCGAGUACUUCUCUGCCGCACCUUAUCAGUCUAAUCCGUUCGGAUAUGAGUACGGCACACUCCCCGUUGGUGGCGGUAGUGGUACAGGAAGAUUAUCUUAUCUUGUCGACCCACUCACUGCUAUCAAAGCUAGAGCUGCCCAGGACGGUAGUCUCGUACAGUAUAUCUUGAACAACACUCUGUUGUCAACACCUCGUGGUCUUGCGUCCCUCCAGCCAACACCACCUGAUGUAUGUCUCGUCUUCUUGAAGACCUGGGCUGAAGAAGGCGAAGACAGGAGCACGCUUCUGGCAGAUUGGAACAGCACGGCAGUUGUCGAAUCAGUGGCUAGCGUUUGCAACAACACCAUCGUUGUAACCCAUUCAGGCGGACUGAACAUCCUUCCUUGGGCAGAGAACCCCAACGUCACUGCCAUUCUAGCAGCACAUUUACCUGGCACCGAGACAGGAAACUCCUUGGUUGAUAUCCUUUACGGUGAUGUUAACCCAAGCGGUAGAUUGCCCUACACAAUUGCCAAGACGCAAGAGGACUAUGCUUUUGCCGACAUCACCAACAGCACCGCUCUUGUUACCACCAGAGACCCCAACGCGUGGCAAUCUGAUUUCACCGAAGGUCUCUUGAUUGAUUACCGCCAUUUCGACUACUACAACCAAAGCGUCCAGUAUGAAUUUGGCUUCGGUCUCUCAUAUUCCACAUUUGACAUCUCAUCCCUGAGUGUCAGCAAGGUCUAUGGUGGCUACAACAUCAGCAGCACUCCUCCCCCUGCCAAGAUCAUCCCUGGAGGUAACCCUACUCUAUGGGAUGUCCUCUACCGAGCAACAGUGACCGUAUCAAACACAGGAGAUGUGGCUGGUGCUACAGUACCACAGUUGUAUUUGUCACUCCCUCAGGUUCCCGGCGAAGAUCCCACACCGCUCAAGGUCCUUCGUGGCUUCGAGAAGGUCAGCCUUCAGCCAGGGCAAAACACGGUAGUCAACUUCGAUCUCACCAGACGUGAUCUUAGUUACUGGAGCAUCUAUCAACAGGACUGGGUCAUUGCAGGAGGAGAGAUCGGAGUCUCGGUUGGACUGAGCAGCAGAGACAUCAAGGCGACCUCCUCAAUCCGAGUCCUUUGAUAAGGAUGGCAAUACGUAGCGCUGCUUCUUGCUUCGGUUAAAUUGUGUGUAGUAGAUAGGUAAUCAUGAUCCAAUGGACCGGC